CACGGGACAAGGCGCGCGUUCCCGCAUAAUUUUUAAACAGACUAUUUAAAGCAUACCCAUUUUUUUUUUUUAGUUAUAAGUAACUCGUGAAGUUUAACAUAUUUCGGCUGUGAUAAAAAAUAAAUAAAAAUGUUGAAAUAUACAGUGAGAAAGUAUUGUUCCGAAGGAAGCAAACUUAAUCAAGUAAUGGUGGCACUUUUGAUGGUGCUGCCCGUAUUUUCCUAUGGAAUGGGAAUAGGCUGGUUAUCACCAAUGGGAGCACGGCUUAUGUCUGAAGAUUCACCCGCAGCGGAAGCGGUACAUCCCGAUGUUAUAUCUUGGAUGGCGUCCGUCCCCUACCUCGUCGGUACACCGGCAGUAUUUCUCUUCGGAUAUAUAGUGGACAAUUAUGGAAGAAAAAAGGCACUCAUGUUGACUUCAUUGUCGAUGGCUGUAGCCUGGGGAUUGAAAUUGUAUUCGACCGAAAACUGGACCUUGAUAUCAGCUCGAGCUGUCAUCGGCCUUGGAGUCAGUGGUUCCUAUGUGGUAACUCCUCUAUACAUAAAGGAGAUCAGUGACGAUUGCAUCAGAGGCACAUUGGGGAGUCUUGUAGUUCUAUCACAGAAUUUGGGCAAUCUCCUAGUAUACAUUAUCGGAGAGUAUCUGUGCUAUCACGCGACACUAUGGAUCUGCUUAGCGGUACCAUUGAUACAUUUACUAGUAUUCCCAACGAUGCCAGAGACGCCGUCGUAUUUAUUAAAAAGCGGUAAAAUUGAGGAAGCUCGCUCAGUAUUAGCCUGGUUGCGCUGCAGGCAGACCACCGAUGCUGUGGUGGAUAGCGAAUUACAGACAUUACUCUUGGAGCUAGAACAGAGCAAUUCUGGAAAGUUCUUUCCAACAUUAAAAACAUUAGUGUCUGACCGCAGCACAUUCCGCGCGUUCCGUAUAACUUUAACGAUAACACUGGCGAGGGAGUUGUGCGGUUGCCUGGCAGUGCUGCACUUCGCUUCGCUGAUCUUCAGCAAGGCUGGCGGCGGCUGGGUGCUGUCGGCUAAUGAACAAGCAAUGGUGUUAGGCGCGGUCCAACUUGUCGGAUCUUGCACUGCGUCCAGUUUGGUCGAAAGGACAGGACGGAAGCCGUUGCUGGGUACGACAUGCGCGGUGUCGGGCGUGGCGUUGGCGGCCCUGGGCGCGUGGUUCGCGAUGAGUAACGGCGAGCACGCGUGGCUGCCGGUGCUGGCUCUGUGUCUGUGCAUCUACUGCGACGCCGCUGGCCUGCAACCCGUGCCCUUCGUUAUAAUGACCGAGAUGUUUUCUUUCCAGUACCGCGGCACGGUCACGUCUAUUGUCAUAGCAUUCGCGUGUGCUCUGGUCUCAGUACAACUACGAGUCUUCCAGCCUCUGGCUGCAGAAGUUGGAUUAUAUCUAGUGUUUUGGAUCUUCUCGGCGGUAUGUCUCGUCAGCACGGCCUACAUCAUCUUCUACGUUCCAGAGACCAAGAGGAGAUCUAUAGAAGAGAUUUAUGCAGAGCUCGGUGGAAAAAAAGAAAAAGACGUAGAGGCUGACGUUACAAGGCUUUAAGCUGUAGGUAAUAUUAGGAACGGAUUUCCUUUUAAAUAACUUGUCAAUGCUUUGACUAAAGGCUUAUCUUAAAUGCCUAUUAAUUUGCGAGUUGUAUAGUCAUUGUCGUAGUAGAAAUAUGUUUAAUUAAUGUUCUUUUCGUUUUAAAUGAAGAUAAAUGUCAUUAAUAUGCGUUUUUUACGCUAUGAUUUUAAACGAUAUUUUAUCUAUUUAUUACUCUGUUGUCUGUGGUGUUAACUUUCUUGGCUUUAAUCAGUUUUUAAUGUUAGUAUAUAUUUAUAUAUCUUCAGAUAUAUAUUAUCUACAUAAGCGAAAGUAAAGUCCGGCCGCUGUGAGAAUGCUUUCCUGUCAUUUCCGUGAUCGAAUUAACGAUAUAACUGAAGGGGCGUAGAAUUUACAUUAAAUAAUAAUCAUUAUCGUUUAUUUGCCAUAUCUA